UUCUAACUUAAUGACAAAGGAAGCCAAGCACGAUACAUUAUAACAUCAAUCCCAUUCCUACACUCCACCCACCUAUUGAUUUUUGUUCCUCAACAACAUAAACUAGCUACCUCCCUUUGUUUUGUGUGUUUACAUCUGCUCGCUGAAAGAAAUGAGAGAUCGAAUGGAAAGAUUCGUACUUCUUCCCUUUACAUUGGGUUGUGUCUCGGAAUCCAGCAUUGCAGUUGGUGCUCGGCAGCCUAAAAGAUCAAAGCUCGACGUCAAUCAAACUCCCACAAGAAUUCACCAUGAGAUCAAGGAGGAGGAGGAAGAAGAAGACGAAUAUGAAGAAGAUGAAGAGAACUUAUCAGUUGAAAAUAUGAAAAGCCCAUUAAGCCUCUUGGCCCUUCCAAGGAUUCAAAAGCUGUUCAAGAACUUCAAGAACUUCUCUAAUAUAUUUGAGAAGGAUGAAAUGGAUGAAGGAGAGGCAGGAAUGGAAAUAGGAUGUCCGACCGAUAUAAAACACGUGACACACAUAGGAUUGGAUGGCUGUGCAACCUCUAUCCUCUCAAAGGGCUGGAAUAAUCUCACUCAACCACCUGACCAUGAAGAUCAGUCGCCUAAUCUCCCUCAGAAUUUUUCUCUGCAGAUGCCAUUUGAACAGCUUCUCAUGGCGACUCAAACUGACACUGAUACACCUAAUAUCAAGACCUCAUUGCAAAACCAAUUGCAGAAAUCCUUCUGAUCCAUCCAUCUUUGCAGUACCAAAAUGAAUCAUUCGUAUGUAUAUUUUAUAUAUUUGGAUCCAAAUGUAUAAACCCAUUGCUUGUUUACUACUCAUUUGUCUCAAAGUUGUGUAUUUUGCUUACUGUACUGUGUGUGAUUGUGUGGGACCCAUCUCAUAAUUAAUGCUACUAGUUAUUCUGUGA